AUGACCAGCCCUUCGGGAGCUUCAGGCCAUCUUGGCUCUGAACUUGCAAGAGACUUCAGCGCUCCCAUGUCAAGCAACACCCAGAGCCCACGUUCGAUAAACAGCGACGACAGUCAAAGCGAGCACGAUCAGAAUAAUCUGGACCAGAACACCGACGAAGAAGCGAUUUGCCAAUGGCGAACAUCUCGAUUCUACCACCAAGAAUGCUCGCGAUAUUUCGACUGUCCAUCUCAUACCAUAGAGCGGAGUCUAUCAGAGACCGGCGAGGCAGAUCAAGAAUCCAUCCAUAGCUCCCACUCGCCCGAGAUAUCUCGCCCCGAUAACGACCAAGGGCUGGCCGACGAACCGACAUCUCAUUUUACAGAACAAGAGCUUGCGCAAGUAGAAAAUGACAUAGAGGACCCUCAAACUACCCCUGCCGACGAUACGGACGACGAUAGAGACGCCACAUCCGCCACGAGCGACCCCUCGACGAACGCAGAAGAUACAGGUACUGUAGUUGCUCAGCAGCCAGAACAUGGUUCAAAUGCCCAGCAGAAUAUCCGGCAGAAUAUAGAGAUCAACGAAAUGGAGAGCAGCUCGCAGAACAGGCGGUCUGAGCAACAUGAAAUUCCAAACCCUCCUUCCGAGCAUUCAGAGCAUAGGCACAGAUCCAGCCAAAGUACAAGCGCGACAAAUACGCAAACAACGCAACGGACAUAUGCUACCCCGUCCCGCGAAAGGAUGGAUGCGCCUUUGCCAUCGCUUCGACCUCUGGAAGAAGCUCUGCCUCCUCUUCCCCGGUCUGCGCGACAGUCGGUAUCUUCAGACUCACAACGGCCUAGAUGGCAACCAGAUAAUGAGGUGACAUAUUGUCCCAUCUGCCAUACUCAAUUUAGCUUCUUUGUGCGCAAGCAUCAUUGCAGGAUCAUAAUUCCGCACCAGUAUAUUGUUCGACCACCAGGUUCUGAAGCCAUGCAUCAGUCCCUGCUUGUCGACGGACUUGGAGCCGGAUACUUCGACGUGAAUGAUAUGUCGGGAGGCGAACGAGUGAGGCUUUGUAAUCCAUGUGUCCCAGACCCGAAUACCGCGCCACCUCAGAGCCCUGGGCCACAGGCUACUCUUUCCCCACGAGCUCCUCACCAAAGAUCGCGAAGUAGUAUUGGCGAUGCUUAUGGGACAUUGCAGCCUUCGAAUAGACAUGGCGCAGUAUUUGCUCCGGGUACUACCGGCGACCCAUAUCGAUAUCUCUCUCCAAGAAUGAGGAGCGUCACAAUGGGCUCUGCCUCAUCUGGUUCCUCUCCAGGUCCCUCUCAUAGAAGACGUAGCGGGGCACAUCAGACACCUAUCGAGCGUUUCCUAUCAAGUGCCCAGGCGGCUUCUCCAUCGUCAUACCCAGAGCGAUAUAGCUCACUAGGAGAGUCAUCGUCGAGGCAGCGUGCACUGCCACCGACUCCUCAGAUUGCCGAGGAAGACGAAUGUCCCAUUUGCCAUCGCGAAUUACCAUCUCAGAGUCUUCCCAACGCUGAAGCUCUUCGCGAGUCUCACAUUACUACAUGCAUUCAGACGCACAGCACGUAUGGUACACCCCGCGGCGGGGAAGGUGGAGCACCGGUUGCCCCUCGUCGGACAGGCAUGUAUACGUACGUAGCUACAGAGAAGGACUGCAUCGACGACGCGGAGUGUACUAUUUGUCUAGAGGAGUUUACAGUUGGGGUUCCUAUGGCACGUUUGGAGUGUUUGUGUCGCUUUCACCGAGCGUGCAUCUCAUCAUGGUUCGUCAAACAUCCAGGAAGAUGCCCUGUUCACCAGCAUGAUGGCUUUGGAUAUUAG